GAGCUGUCUUAUCAGACACUAUCUGCAUGCGAUAGUGUUGUGUUACCUAGCUAAUAUAAAUACCCCGACAGUUUAACUCACCUAGGUGUGUACGGGAAGCGUAUUAACACUUUGCGUGCAAUGGCACUGUUCUUCCAUCAACAUCUUUUUUUCAAUCAAGAAAGGGGUAUAAAUCUACACUGUAAACUGCCAAACGUGCCAUAGGAGGACAGCGAGGACUUAACUAAGGACGUCGUUCCGUGGACCGCAGUAGCAACGUCAGCUUGCCACAUCUGAGGAGCUGUCCGACCUAAGAGCGUGACCUGGAUGGGCAGGACUUAAGAAUCUCCUAGGGCCUGGUAAGCGGAAACUUAUCCCCUCACGCCGACCGAACACCGACUUCGUCAGUGAUGUGUAAACAUAAAACCCAUCAACCAAGCAACCAAUCAAGCCAAAUUUACCCAGUUGUAAGGUGGUAAUACAGACAAUGCACAUGUAUCGAAUUGGGACCAAAUAUUGUUACUAUUUUGUGACCAAAAGGAGAACUAUUUGUUCUGUUUAACAGUGAUGAUCACAAUGGAAAAUAUAAACGCGGGCUUCCUAUUUAGUUUUGGAUAAGCAAAUCCUAGAAAACAUAACGUUUUUAGACAUUUAUCAGUGCGUGUUGUCUGCUAAUAGCGAUCGAACAACAAACCUGAAAAUGGCAAGUCAACAUGUACCACUGCCAAAACAACAGCGGCAACAACAACAACAACGUUCAGGGGGGUCUACCAAGGAGACUGAUACCAACAGGAAACAACAGCCUCAUACAACACAUGGAACUUGCGAAGUCUGGUUUCACUAUUUGCCGGGUUCAGACUAUGUAAGACAAUUUUUAGAAGAUGCCUUGCCAAGAAAUGUUGCUGAGAUUACCACGAUAACUGAAGAAACCGAUGGGGUUGAAAAGAGCUUUGGUUACCUUGCCGAAUGUUACAGGGCCAAAAUUAAACUUCAAGAUGGCGUCAGCCUGCAGGAACUUGAAAAAUUGCUAUUCGAAAAGUGGUCUGUAUUCCAGGGGAAAUGUAAGCAUGCUGCGUGGAUGGAGGUUAUUCCGUUGGAACGAAGGAUGUACAAAAUUGUCAACAAUUCAGAAUCAUCAUCUUCUUGUUUUAAUAACGUCACUAUUUCUGGUGGUGCGUUUGCAUCUUCGAAUUGCUUCAUUUGCCAUUGGCGUAUUAGCGAAUCGCCACAACUUUUCGGUGUGAUCAAAUGGGCGGCAACGUUUGAACAUAACAGAGAGCUUGUCGAAAUUAAGACAUCUGGAGAAAUGUUCCAGAUACCAUAUAGUCAAAUUGAAGAUAGAUUGGUUGCUCAACGCCAUGAAAGCUCUUGGGAUAUUUACUUUGGAUUAAAGUAUGUUCCUAAAGUUUCCAACGUUUACAAUGCCAAAAACCAGAUACGAGAGGUAUCCAUCCACCCAAUCAACCCAGAAGAUUUGGGAAAUACCUCAGUCAUUCGUUUGACCAUUCCUGACAAUAAUGUAACUGAAUUGCCAGCAGCAAAGGACAAGCCAGAUUUCUGGCCGAUUUUGGCAAGGUUUAAGCAACGGGGAUUUUCGUUAUCGUACGCAAAUGUCACAGACAAAUUGCCACAAAAAGAGGAUCUUACGCGCAACGUUCGGUUUAAGACGUUUGAUCUUGAGUAUGGAUGGCAGUGUCUUCUCUCGGGUGGUUUCAAAGUAACAGACACAAUCACCCCACAGUCAAUACAGACGCUGAGAGGAAACAGAUUUAAUCUGCCUCCAGACGUGUUCCAUCGUAUGGCAAGUACAGCUGAGAACACCCAAUUCUUUGAUUUCGAGAACGUAUUGACGGAGAGCCUGCAACAGGUCAAACAUUUAGUGGAAGAUAGUGAUGAGUUAUCUCCACAUUUCACUAUGUCCCGACGACUGGUAGUGACUCCCACCCGUGUAAUUCCUCUCCUCAAGGAACCAAUUGUCAAAAACAGAAUUAUUCGCCAGUACAACGACGACAACUUCAUCCGUGUUAUUUUCCGAGAUGAAGAUUUCACAAGACUGGGUGCUAGUGGAAACGUACUGAACAGAAUUUCUGAACGAAUACGCAAAUUUCUAGACGAAGGAUUUACGAUUGGCGACAGGAAGUACGAGUUCUUAGCCUGCUCCAAUAGCCAGUUGCGAGAACAUGGAGUGUGGUUCUUUUGCCCUUACAACGACAUAACAUCGGAAAGCAUAAGAAAUGAUAUUGGCGAUCUUACUGCGGAGAGGUGUGUUGCAUUAUACGUAUCGCGAAUGGGUUUGUGUUUCUCCGCUUCAAAGGCUACUGUUGCGGUAGAGGACGAAAGUGUAGAAUACGUAUCAGACAUAAAAAACGAAUCAUACUGUUUCACGGAUGGAAUCGGCAUGAUAUCGGUAUCUCUGGCUGAAAAGGUGGCGAAGAAAUUGAAGUUUGAGGAAGUACCAUCGGCGUUUCAGAUCCGAUACGGGGGUUGCAAGGGAGUGGUAGCACAAAAUCCUACUCUAGGUGCCGGAGACAAAAUUCUCAUCAGAAACAGCAUGCGGAAAUUCAAAUCCCUAUCGAAAAAUCUGGAAAUUCUAAGCACAACACGCCCUGGGAAGCUACAUCUAAACAGGCAGGUGAUCACUCUGAUGUCGGGCCGCGGCGUUCCAGACCACGUAUUCCUCACCCUGCAAGAGAAGAUGUUAUUUAACAUGGCUGACAUGCUGUUAGAUGACCAUAAAGCAAUGAAAGCGCUAGCGGAGGUGCACUUUGGGAUCAAAUGGAAGGACUUACAGAGGGCCGGGAUAUCUUUUACAAACGAAGUGUUCUUCAGGUCAGUCCUAAUGACAAUAUACAAAAGCAAACUGGGAGAGUUGACUCGAAAAGCUAGGAUUGAGCUACCCUGUGACCAAGGAAGAAUUAUGAUGGGAACGGUUGAUGAGACAGGCACCUUGGAGUACGGACAGGUUUUCAUCUCCCACACGAAGAAUGACGGAAUGACCUACAGUGGUAUCGAUGUCUUGGACAACGAAGUCGUCGUUGCCAAAAACCCUUGUUUUCACCCUGGUGACCUGCGUAAAUUCCAGGCAGUGGAUGUGCCAGAACUUCAUCACCUCGUGGACUGUAUCGUGUUUCCCCAAAUAGGACCCCGUCCACAUCCAGACGAGAUGUCUGGUUCAGAUUUGGACGGAGACAUGUACUUCGUUUGCUGGGAUACGGCACUUUUUCCCCCGGGGGACAAUAUGGACCCUAUGGACUUUCCAAAAUCUACAAAAUCUGAACUUUCAAGACCAGUGGCGGUAUCAGAUAUCACACAGUUUAUAUCACAAUAUAUCAAUAACGACCAGCUCGGUGUAAUUGCGAAUGCCCACGUUGUCCAUGCAGACUUGAAAGACAUUUUCUGCGAGGAAUGUACAAACUUAUGCAAAAUGCAUUCAGAUGCUGUCGACUUUCCGAAGACAGGAGUUGUACCGCAGAUGGCCACAAACCUAAGGCCUGACAAAUACCCGGACUUUAUGAUGAAAUCUGACAAACCUCGCUAUACGUCAGCCAAUAUCCUAGGAAAGUUAUACCGCCAGUGCAGAUCAUUAGAACAAGCUCACAGUCGCACAUAUAAUGCUGACCUACUCCAACAAGCUCCUGCCAAAGAUCCAGAUAUUAUGUAUCAAGGAUAUGAGAAGUUCAUGAAAUCUGCCCGUCUACAUGUUAACCAAUACAAUGAAAAAAUCGCAAAUUUGAUGUCCCUUUAUGGAAUUGAAACUGAAGCAGAAGUUGUAACCGGUAUCAUUCAUAAUCUGAAAACAAAAAGAGGAUAUUUUCCAAAUGAAAGGUACGAGAUAGCACAAAUACUGAAGGAAAAGAUCACGGUUAUCCGACAAAAUUUUCGAGAAGUAUUUUUUGAUGAAUUCGGAGGAGAGGAGCACAGCGAAAAUACCAAUCCGUUCACGGACGGACAUAGCGACAUCUUAGCAAAAGCUGCAGCCUACUACGUUGCGUCUUACACAAUGGCCUCAGAAGGGAAGGUUAUGGUAAGCUGUCCGUGGAUUGUGAGUGAUUUACUUGUAAAAAUAAAAUCACAACGAUCCAUUGCCUUGUCUGAUGGGCUAUCCGGUCUAGAUGAUUCCAAUCAGACAAGAGAAAGUCAUGUCCAUGCCAAAAUCGGAUCAUCGAUCUAUCAACAUUUCGUUUCGAAUGAGAACUCUUUUAAAAUGUUUAUGGAUGCCCAAGCCCCAGAAAGAAUGCUGUUUAUUCGACGACAACUCCAAAAACGUCCAUGUUACACGCUUAUCCUUACGUUUCUCCUCAACUGGGCCAGGAAGUACGAGCUGAUAGGCGAAUUUCGGGGAGCAGUUUUCUCGGAAGUCGUGUUUGUGAUUCUGGCUCUCAGCAUCCUCUUGGAUGAAGAUUACGCAACAGCAGCAGCUACACAAUCUUCAGUCCCACAAAACACCCAGCGGCAAAGGUAUGAGAGGUCGUGGAUUUCAGCCAAUGAGGAAAGACAUGCAGCAUGUCUUUUGAUGAAAACAUUCAUAGGUUUGAAGUCCAUAUUGAAACCAAAUACAAAUGGUGAAGUGGAUAUUUCCGUGUUAGAUCCUACCUAUCCGACUCAUAGACAUUUAAUUUCAGGCAAGCGAACAGCAAAAGAAUUCCGACGAAUGACAGACGAAAUCCUUUUUGCUUACCAAGAAAUUGUAAAAAACAGAUCUGUAGCGGUAUUCUUCGAUCAAACGAUCUGUAAAAACGAUUCCAUGAUGUUCAUCUUACCAUUAAACGUAUUGAAUUCCGUGAUGUACGCGGAAACAUACGUGGCACGAAGGCUGUCACGAGAAUACGGAGCAGAGGUUAACAUCCUUGAUAUGCCAUUCAGAGACACCCCCGGCCUUAUGCUGGAAGCGUGGGGAAGUCCAGAGCAGUUAUGGACUGUUCAGUUAUCCCUUCAGGAUCUUGAAGAAAAGUCGGCUAUUGACACAAUGGUUCGAAGAUCCGAUAUAAUUGACGGUGCAUUCAAGUGUGUAUACAGCGGUUCCACAAGUCCUGACGAUCGACUCAUAUUUACACAAUACUGUGGCCCUAGACAUUCUGCACACGAACAAAAGACCUUAUAUACGGCUUCGCCAUAUACACCUAAUAGUGUCAAAGCAUCAGAUUCAACUGCUUUUAAACAGGUUUUCAAAGAACGAUUGGAAAUAAUACGCCAAGACUUCAUCAACACAUACCAUGGGGAUUUAUGGAUAGCGCUAACUUUUGGAAUAUUUUACCUCUUCAACAUUGACAGGCAUGACUAUACAAUAUCAGAAUUGGAAACCAAAAGAACUGAACACGUAGACACCCGAUCAGUGAGGGGUCAAAGUCGUCACUACGUACAAAAGGUUCGAGGUUCAUUUACACCUCUGAAAUGUAACCAGCGCAAUGUCGAUACAUUAUUGAACAGUCUUUCAUUCAAACUCAGAUCUCAGGAUGUAAAAUACCAGGCACGAGUUCGGAUGACCAAAGAGAGCAGCGGAUUGUUUAUCUUUGACGAAAAUCUCAAAGUAACUGAGUUACGUCUGUCCGAUUUAAAGUGGAUGAUGGUCGACAUUUGUCGAGGACUCAAACAAAAUGGAGGAAAACGAAUGGAUGUUCGCUGCAAGUUACAGUCGGGAAGACAUAUAGAAGGGCAAUAUUUGAAAUCGAAUUUAUCCGUACUCACCAAAUCAGAGCAAAACCGUGUGAGGAUUGCCCGUCCUUUUAUAGGAAUGAUUACGUUCGCAAGAGAGAAACACAUCAAGUACUAUCAGUGCGAAGGUCAUAUCUCCACCGAAAGAAAUUUCCCAAACAUGGACAUCGAGGUAUCGACAGUGACCGAGUACUCCAAUCCCACUAGUGAUGGAACGUUUUCAACUGUUGUGUCAAAGCAAGAACUUACCGUGGUACCAAAAUUACCGUCCCUAGAUGAGGAGAAUGAUGAAUGGAUAAAGUAUAUUAAACAAAUCUCGGAGCUUAUUGAAUUUUUCGGUGAACAUCUUGAUUCAGAUUAAGUACUACAUUAUCCGGAUGUGUAACCAUGGCAGUAGAGAGGCCGUCAUGGCUACGGGGUAGCUUGGUCAUAGAUCUGCUGACGACCUUAAGUUUCUGUGUCAAAUAUCCAUGCUUUUAUCAUUUCUGAAACACACCGCUAAUGUUUAUAUUCAGCACUCAAAGUACUCGCAAAACUAGUAACUACACCUGUAAUAUCUCAUUCAUGAAAAAGAAAAAAAACAUUCAUUAGCUUUUAUACAUGUAUUAGUGCCAGAAUUUUGUGUGUGAUACCAGUUCAUUCUAAUAGCACUCUGUACUUAAUAAAUUUAUAUUUUUAUGAAAACAAGACGUA